UUCGCUCCCACCACCUUAACAAGAGAAAUGGCAACAACUGAUUCUCUUACAUUUCUCCUCUCAAUAUUCCUUGUUUACUCUACUAUAUUCUCCUUUGUAUCCUGUAAAGCAGAAGCCAGGAAAUUGAUUCCUGUCUCUUCUCUUAUCAGCAAAGACCUCUAUGACGCUAUUUUUCUACACAAGGACGACAGCGCUUGCCCCGCUAAAGAUUUCUUCACCUACGAUUCUUUCAUUAAAGCAACAAGGUGCUUCCCAAAGUUUGGUACCACAGGAAUUUUGAUUACAAGAAAGAGAGAAAUUGCAGCUUUUCUUGGCCAAAUAUCCCAUGAAACCACCGGUGGGUGGCCAACUGCACCUGACGGUCCAUUUGCAUGGGGUUUAUGCUUCAAAGAGGAAAUUAGUCCUCAGUCUGAUUACUGCGACUCAACGAAUACUCAAUGGCCUUGUUACCCUGGAAAAUCAUAUAAAGGAAGAGGACCCAUCCAACUCUCUUGGAAUUUCAAUUAUGGACCGGCGGGCAAGGCGUUAGGGUUCGAUGGGUUGAGGAACCCAGAAAUAGUAGCUAACAACUCCAUAAUAGCAUUCAAAACAGCGCUUUGGUUUUGGAUGACAGAGCGGAAGCCGAUCCCCUCUUGCCACAAUGUCAUGGUGGGAAAAUACAUUCCUACAAAAGCUGACUUGGCAGCAAAUCGGACAGCCGGAUAUGGGUUGGUGACUAACAUUAUCAACGGUGGGCUUGAGUGUGGAAUUGCUAACGAUAGUCGUGUAAAUGAUAGGAUUGGAUAUUUUAAAAGAUAUGCCGGGUUGUUUAACGUUAAUACUGGCUCUAACCUGGAUUGUGAAAAUCAGAAACCUUUUUAGCUGAAGGAACGUAAAAAAAAUUUGUAUCUACUUGCACAAUAAUACAGCAGUCUAUUGCUGCUGAGAUUUGUAUUUCUUUUCGUUUGAUGCUAAUGAAUAUAAUAUGUUUUGCAAGAAUAA